AUGGAGUCUGAAUACAAGACCAGAACACGGUCGCUCAUAGAUGAUGUUGUCGAAGCUUCCAAGGUGCCUGCCAAGAGACGUGACGUCGAUGUGAAGCCCAAGGUGGCAGAGUUGUCUUCAGUCGCGUACAGUCAGGGCGUCCUUCCAGACGAGCUCCUUGAUCUCAUCAACUUGAUCGUCUCGCCUGCUCAACUGGAUCAGGGCAGCCUCAACUCUAUCAUCAAGAAUCUGUAUCCCGCCGGGAAAGUCUCUCAAGACGUUAUACUGAAGAUAAUUGGCUGCCUCGGUCUGGGCGAGAUCAAGCCAUCUCUCACUCUUCAAAGUUCCCUUCUAAACUGGGUGAUCCAGGUUUAUCAUGUCCUCGAAACCAAGGCGCAGGCGGUCCUGUCGAGGGCAUACAGCGUGUUAUUCAAUCUCUUGGAUGUCUCUGCCACCAGGCCUCAACUAUUCCAUAUUCUGGCAAUCAUCACAAGGCGCAAACAUGUUCAGCACUACCGAAUACAGGCUCUGCUGAACCUGUCGAGGCAGGCUGGUAACGACCGGCACUUACAGGGGUUGCUCCGCGUCUACAGAAACUACUAUCCCGAGAUCAUUGUCGGCAACACCGGCAAGGGAAGCGCCUUCAAACUGCCUGACCCGGAGUGGCGGGAGAGGCUAUCUGUGAUCCAGAAAUUGCACCGUGAGCAACAGCAGAGCAGUCUUCAAGGUCCCAGAGACGGAUUCAAGACCAAUCAACAAAUUUUCUCCAGUUCCAAGGUUGCCAAACCAGGUGGGCUCCCACCUGUGCAGACCUCCAACGCACAUGAGAAAUCGGUCACGUUGGAGGAGGUCGACAGCGCUGAAAGUCUGGCCGCGAAUCUCGAGAAGGUCGAGCUGCCAGAUCACCUUGUUGCUGUCCUGGUGGAUCCGCUUCUUCAGAAGUUCAUGAUGCUUAGGCCGGACUUGAAUCUAAAGAGAGCUUCAGCUUGGAUGGAUGUGCAGCUCGCCGAGAUCCUGAAUGGCGAUGCGGAUGUCCGGGCCAUGGAAGAAACACUCAGGAUAAUUCUCGAAUAUGCUCGGACCACAAAGGAUAUAUCGCCUUUCUACACUGGCAUCGUCAAGCUGGUAGGACUGCGCCUGCAUUUGAAGGCUAACACUCGGAUACAUGAGAUCCUCGCCUACGCGCCGCUGAUGACCCCUGAAGACUUUUCCAUCAUGACGUCCACGCUACAGACGGCAGUGCUGGAUGGUUCUCUCGAGUCACAACUGGACCUUCUAGAACUGUAUGCCAACCUGCUCCGCCGCUGGCACGUCAUCCUCUUGACCAACGAGGCCGACAUCCCCAAACACGCCUCCGAGUCCGUACACCAACUGGUUUCGCAAGCCAACCAGCUCAGCCUCACCCUCCUGCAGACGUCACCCACGGAGCACACCACCCUCAGGGUCCUGGACUUCUACGAGCGCGCCGCGCAUAUCUACUCCAAGGGCACGCUCCUCCGGUCUCUGCAGAUCACGAUUCCGCCGGUGCCGCUCGUGUACACGCUGCAGUUCACGCCCUCGCUCGCGACGGCGUCACGCCUCUGCGCCGUGCUGGCGGCGUACAAGCAGGCGUUCGCGACGUACAUGUCCAACGCGGCCAAGGGGCUGGGCCCGCAGUACGACAAGAAGCAGGUCAACACGUUCAACGGGUUCCUGAUGGACAUCUGCAACUGCCUGUGGCGCGGCAAGGCGUUCACGACGCGCGACGCGCACGCCAGGGGGUGCGCCGUCGACGAGGGCGUCGCAAACGCCCUGGCCGCCUACGUCGCCGGGCUCUCGGACGGCGGCGACAUGGCUCUCGCCUCGCUCUUCACCAUGAGCUACAGCCCGCUGCUGUGCCUGCAGGCCGCCGAACAUGUACGCCACCUCGAGGACACGGAGGACGAGGACGUUGUACUGCGGGCUCGCCACGCCGGGCCCGUGACGCAGAGGAGCCUGGGCCAGCUCGCGAGGAAGGGCGGGCUCGAGCUUGCGUGGCAGGACUACCGGCUCGGUGUGCUGAAGUACCUGGAGGAGAAGGAGUUUGGUGGCAUUCCGGAGCUGAUGUACAGCACGAUGCGCAAUCUGUUGGAUGCAAGAGCUAAGGCUUGA